CGCGCCUCUUCAAAAGCGUCUUUCGGUCAGCCGAGCACGAUAUAUACCUGCCUGAUACCAUAUCUUGAACUUCAACUUUUCUUUAUUACAGUCCACCCCUACGUACCGACCUAGCGGCUCGAUCUCACCCAUCUAGUUACUGCUUUUGUCGUUCGAUCCCAUCAUAUUAAUUAUGACUAAAGACAUUAAAGAGCUAGCAGAGGAAUGGCUGCGAUUAGACGAGGACAAAUCUACGACUGACGAAAUCUACAAGCUACUCGUGCACGGGGAUAUUCAUGAGCUAGAGAUGCGACUUCGGAAUCGAAUUGCCUUUGGCACUGCAGGACUUAGGGGGCCAAUGAAAGCAGGCUUUGCCUGUAUGAACUCCCUCACAGUCAUUCAGGCUUCUCAAGGGCUUGCAGCAUACCUACUCGAGCACGAGGACAGUUGCAAAUAUCGGGGUGUGGUUGUUGGUCGCGAUGCUCGACACAACUCCGAGAAAUUUGCGAAACUCACAGCGGCCGCAUUUGUUGCGAAAGGGAUCAAAGUUUGGUGGUACGAGAUUCCUAUUCACACGCCCCUGGUUCCGUUUGGUGUCAGGGAAUUGAACGCUGUGGCAGGAGUCAUGAUUACAGCGAGCCACAAUCCUGCCCAGGACAACGGAUACAAAGUCUACUGGUCAAAUGGAUGCCAAAUUAUUCCACCACAUGAUAGCGGUAUCGCUGAUUCCAUUCUAAACAACCUCAAGCCUGUUACUUGGGACACGUCUGUGGUCGAUGACGGCUGUCUCUUAAUCGAAGGAUCUCUAGGAUUAGUACGGGACAACUACUUCAACGCCAUCAGAGCAGCAGCUCGACCCGAAGGCGUUUAUGUGGCCACAGAUCCCAACCUCAAGUUCGUGUACACGCCCAUGCAUGGUGUAGGUUUAAUCCCAAUGACCUUGUGCAUGGAGAACCUCGGUCUUGCAUCACAGAUGACAGUCGUGGACGCCCAGGCAAAACCGGAUCCGGAUUUCCCAACCGUAAAGUUUCCUAACCCGGAAGAAAAGGGUGCUUUAGAUUUGGCUAUACAGACAGCAGACGCAGCCUCAGUAUCUCUGGUACUAGCCAGUGACCCUGAUGCAGAUAGAUUAGCAGUAGCAGAGAAGGUAGCAGGCUCAUGGCACAUCUUCACUGGCAAUCAACUAGGUAUCUUGAUUGGCUCCUACCUGUUCGAGAGGUAUCCGAAAGAGAAUUCGAGGGAGAAGCUUGGAAUGCUCGCAUCGACGGUUUCAUCACGCAUGCUCCACGCACUAGCUACCAAAGAAGGCUUUUAUUUCGCCGAGACGCUUACAGGCUUCAAAUGGCUUGGAAAUGUCGCCUUGGAUCUCGAGGAGAAGAAGUACGACAUUGUUUACGCUUUCGAAGAGGCUUUAGGAUACAUGAUACCAUCGGUCGUCCACGAUAAGGACUCCAUCAGCGCCGCAGCAGUCUUCUUGACAGCUACUUCCCACUGGUUCAGCCAGAACCUUACCCCAUACUCCAAGCUCCAGCAACUCUACGAAUACCUCGGCUUCUUCGAAGACGCGAACACGUACCUUAUCUCACCGUCCUCUGCGACAACGACGUCUGUCUUUACGGCAAUCCGUGCCCUGGGUACACCCCAUCCCUCUGACGUCGGAUCACGCAAGAUUCUCAGAUGGAGGGACCUGACUGUAGGGUAUGACUCAAAGAGUAAGGACCAUGUGCCAGAUUUGCCGGUGGAUAAGAGUAGUCAGAUGAUCACGUGCGAACUGGAGGGGGGGGCUAGGUUCACUGUUCGGGGGUCUGGGACGGAACCCAAGAUCAAGUUGUAUAUCGAGAAUGUUGGAGAGAGCCGAAAGGUGGCUAAGGCUGGCGCGGAGGAGAUCUUACAAGACCUGCUGCAGGAAUGGUUCAAACCUGAAUUUCCCGAUUCCAUGGCAGUAUCAAGAGGCCGACUUGCCAGUGUGUGA